GGCAUGACAGUGUAAUCGCCUAUUCCGCACACAAACAGUUCAGCUAUCAGAGAGACACGAAUACACGAUUCGUUGUAGCAAUUUCAAAUAAAAUUUUUUUCCUUCGUUUUUAUAAAUUCAAAUAAAUACAAUGCCAAGUGGACGUCCUUUGUGGCAGGUUGCCGGUAAAAGAGACCUGGAUCAAGAAGUAGAAGCACAACAAUGGAUUGAAGCCGUGACUGGUGAAAAGUUUGCACCGGGUUUGCCAUUUGAGCUAGCACUUAGGGACGGAGUUUUAUUAUGCAAGUUGAUGAACAAAUUGGCACCGGGUAUUAUACCCAAAAUUAACACUUCAGGUGGCGAUUAUAAAAUGAUGGACAACAUUAGCCAGUUUCAAAAGGCUUGCAUUAAAUACGGUGUCCCAGACGUCGAUCUAUUCCAAUCAGUUGACUUGUUUGAACAAAAGAAUAUAUACAGAGUGACCAUGACGAUAUUUGCCAUCGGCAGGACGGCGUACAAACACCCAGAGUGGAGAGGCCCAUUCUUGGGACCAAGGCCGUCAGAGGAGAACAAGCGCGAAUGGACUGAAAUGCAAUUGCGGGCUGGAGAGGGCGUCAUCGGAUUGCAAGCCGGCCAAAACAAGGGUGCCACGCAAGCUGGCCAGAACUUCGGGGCUACAAGAAAGAUCUUGCUCGGAAAAUGAGCGUACACGCCACACUUGCAAUUGCUAUACGUUUUAAUUAUUUAAUAUUGAUCUAACAUUAUUAUUUGUAUGCGUUUUUGUUAAUAUUGCUGUGGGUCACGUGUACAACGAUAAUAUUAUACCAUUUGUUUCGCUAUCGAUGUUGUCAAGAGAGAAGAUGGACAAAUUGUAUUUAUAAUUUAAUAAAUAAUAUAAAUGAAAAAUAAUUAUUA